CCCUUCGGGAAGCUGAGUCUGCCAGAGUCCGAUCGUGCGUGUGGGGAUCCCAGACACCCAGACCACAGGGACACUCCAUCUCCUUCCAACCCCACUUCCGCCGCCCUCCUCUCUUCCUAGUUCACUCUCCCGGGGCCUGUCCGCAGGGAGCCCUCGGCGACGCCGCCGGACGGGCGGAGCGUGGGUCCCUGUCUCCGCCAGGGCCACACCCCGCCUGGCGGGGCCGGCUAGCUCUCACGCCCACGCGGCCGCCGCCCCGUCGGAACUGCUCACACCGGGCGGGCGAGCGCACACGCGCAGUGUUCCUUCGGUGCCAGCGGCCCCCGGAGCGUCUCCACGGACUCAUCGGGAAGCCGAGGCAGCUUGGGAACUGGGACAGGGGUUGCCAGGCAGGAGCCAGCAUGGACCCCAAUUCCCGUGGAGCCCUGGACCGGCAGCAGCAGCAGCUCCGACUUCGAGAUCGACAGAAGUUCUUUGAGGAAGUUUUCCAGCAAGACUCAGAAUUCUUCUUUCCUCUAUCACAUCUUCACCUUGAGUCCCGGAGACCUCCCAUUGGCAGUAUCUCUUCUAUGGAAGUGAAUGUGGAUACACUGGAGCAGGCCGAAUUGAUUGACUUUGGGGACCCAGAUGCUUCAGAUGUGUUCUUGCCCUGUGAGGAGCUCCCAUCAACUCCACAGCCACCCACUGUAUCUGGUGUGGGUGACCACCCAGAGGAACUGAACCUGCAGAGGCCCCCAUCAGACAGAACCAUGUCAAGGACCUCCUCUUCCUCUUCUUCUACUGAACUCAAUAGUCCAGACCUGAUUGGAGAUGGUGUGGACACCCCUUUGGCACAGUCUGAUGAGGAGGACAGUGGUGCAGAGCCUGCAGCCUGCAGCUAGCAGUGGGUGUUUCCCUUUGGACCGAACCACACGGGGCCUGGUCACACCCUAAUUUGGAACCCCAGCUCCUGCUAGGAGUCUUUGGGGAAAAGGCCAGACCCCUCCCGAGCAGUUGGCACUAGAGGGAGAAGACUACGGAGCCUUCCAGAAAUUAACUCUCUCCUGCUUUUCUGCUAAUGCUUGCCGGCCUCCACUGCACAUACCUACUCAUGAUCUACAUAGGCAACGACUGAAUUAGGGGGAUGUGGGGAAAAGGUGGAAGGUAAGGUGGGACGCCAUCCACACCACAUUUUAGAAGGGCCAGAAAAGCCAUCCCACUCUCUUUUUAGUGUACUUGACCAAAAGGACUUGUGGGUGUAAAUAUGCCAUCCCACUUCCUUCCUUCUCUCAGUGAAAUGCUACACAAACCAUCCUUCUGCUUUCCUCUCCUUCUAGAAAUGAUGUAUCAACUGUCCAGCCUUCUCCUUUCUCCCACUGUUAUGAUUCACUGACCUUCUCACCUUCUUUCACAUAUUGAAAAGUCAUCCCAAACCAUCCCACUUGACUUUCUGUCUCUUUUCAAGCACAGCCUGUGGGGUCCAGGAUGGUCAUUUCCUAGUCUUAUCUACAGGCCUUCCCUUACCCUGAAGAGACCAAAUCUCUCCAGCUCAAUGUGAGGCCCUCCAGCUGCCCAUUGCCAACAGCAGCUCACUGUCUAUGGGGGGGAUAGAGUGUUUGGGCAAAGCUGAGCAGCCCCUCCUUGCUCCAGGAAGGUUGGGACCCGGAUCCCAUGCCCCCAGCCAGCAAACCUUGGUGCUGAGACCAUCUACUGUGCAGCCAAAGGGGCGGUGGCUGCCCCUACCAUCGGCAGGGUCUGCAGUUAUGUUUCUCUUGGCCCCAGAUCUCCCUGUGGGAGGGACAAAGCUUCUGGGGGCACUUUAGCAGUCUCUCCUCUCGACCUGACCACUCAUUGCUUCACUCCCAACCUCACAGCAGGGCCAGCACCUGUGGUCUGACUAGGAUCAGAUAAUUAUAGGCUUUAGAACUAAAAGGGACCUUAGGUCAUCUGGUCCAACCCCUUCAUUUUACAGAUGGAGAAAUUGAAGGCCAGGUCAUUAAAGUGACUUGGCCAAGACUACUCAGGUAGGAAGUAGUAGAGGUGUACUUUGUCCCACACAGGCACUAGUGACCCUUGCCCCCAAUGCCACAGUGCUUCUGCUCCACAGCUCAGCUUUGGUGCCUACCCCCAACCCCCCUGCCCCCCUGCCACCAUUUUCCAUGGGGUUCCCACUAUGGAUGGCUGGAGCCCAGCAUGUCUGGGCUGCUGCCACAGCUGACCAUGGGUUAAUAAAUCUUUUGAUUCCAGCAGGCGUGUGCUAUCAUUAGCCCUCUGAGUGAGUGAGUGAGUGUGGGUAGCGGCAUCUCAGUCACUCUCUGGUGGUACAGGAAUGUGGAUAGGUUUAUGGGGCCUUCGUGCAUGAAUCAGAUUCUAGAUUGUAGUACAAAGGAGGUAACCUUCCUGCCGUCCUCUGCCAUCAUCAGAACUGCCUUGGAGUAUUGUGUCUAGUUUAGGAGGUCACAUUUUAGGAAGGACUAGGAAGCAUGCCACAGGGAUAGAGGACCACCUUGGAGUUUGGAAACUUGGGCUCCAUUUCUGCUUCUGACAUGCUCCCUAUAUGACCCCAGGCAGUCAAUUAACUUCCCAGUUCUACAGGUAAAUUUCUAAGACUAUAAGUUACAGACUGACUGAUCUGCAUCAAUGGAAGAAAUGGCUAGACCAGUUAGUAGGCAGGUAGGUGGUGCCACAGUGCGCAGAGCACUGAGCCUGGAGUCAGGAAGACCUACUUUCAAAUGUGACCUAAGACACUUAAAUCCAAUUCAGCACAAGUCAUGACAUCACCCUGAUGUCAUGGUCCUUUUCGGGAAGGAAGGACAAACAACUGGACAGACACUUCCUAUUAUGUGACCCUGGGCAAGCCACUUUUAACCUCUGUUUGUCUCAGUAUACUUAACUGUAAAUCGGGGAUGAUAAUAAUGGCACCUACUUCCUACUCCAUAGGGUGGUUAUGAGGAUCAAAUGAGAUGAUAUUUGUAAAAAAAAAUUAGUAAGCAAUAUAUGAAUGCUAGCUAUGAUGAAAAUGAAGAAAUCACAGGUCUGGAUGAAAAAAAAACAAAAGCAAAAAGCAACCCUAAAAAACCAAAAACUAAAACAUGCCUAGAGCUUUUAAACCUGGUGAAAGAUGGGAUGUGGGGAGGAGGGUAGUUGAUUUGUAAUUAGCAAUUGGCCCCAAAGGGCAAAAAUAGGACCAAAUGGAAAUUAAGAUUUUUGUUUCUAAAUCAGGAAAAAAUAAACCCCAAUAAUUAGAGCUGUCCAGAAGUUCAAGAGGCUGUCUUAGAUUCCUUUUUUUUUUUGCAGGCAAUGGGAGUUAAGUGACUUGCCCAGGGUCACACAGCUAGUAAGAGUCAAAUGUCUGAGGCCAGAUUUGAACUCAAGUCCUCCUGAAUCCAGGGCCGGUGCUUUAUCCACUGAGCCACCUAGCUGCCCCCAAGAGGCUGUCUUAGGAGAAAGUGAGUUCCCCAUUGUUUAGAGGUAUUUCAGUAUUGUGAUGUUUUGGGAAGGGGUUGAUUUAGAUCAUAGACUCAUAGUGCUAGAGCUAGAAAGGACCUUAGAAAUUAUCUAGUUCAGUUGGAGAGGGACAUUUGACUUGCCCAAUGUCAAGCAACUAUUAAAGUCUAAGAACUGGAACUUGAACCCAGGCUUUCUGACCCAAGUUCAAUGUUUUGUUUUGCUUUUUUCCCUUCUGCCCCAUGCUGCCUUCUUUAUUCAUACCUCCAGGUUUCCUUCUAGCUCCAAGUUCCUACGAGGAACUAAAUUCCUAUGAGAAGCCCUCCUGUUUGGCAGUGCCAAAGGGCGUCUCUAACCCUGAGCCGAUUGGGUAGCCCUGGGUAACCAGAGAGAAGAUUCUGGUCUUAGCUGAGACCAGACCACAGGGUGGCUGAAACUGUCACCCACUUCCUGGCCAGGGACAAUGGGCUAAUCCUGUGCCAAACCACAGGGGCUUGGCUUGUCAUCAAGAGCUUCCUUGUGCCCAGUCUGGCCUGGUUUUCUAGACCGCGUAAUGCUCUCCCAGGGACAGGAUGGUUUGGAAUGAUUUCAUGGGGCAUUGAGCCCAAGCCCUACCCAGCUCCCCUCAGCCCUGUCACCUCAAUGGCUGUUCUGUUGUUUUUCACUGUUUUGUAGGGGUUGAAUGAUGUUUCUUCCCAAAUUUCUGGCACCCAGUGAGGGGCAGGGGUUUGCUGAUCCUCAUAGUGCUUCUUGGAUCUGGAGGAUGGAAGAUGAGCCACCACUUGGAGGAAAAUGUCUUAAGAGAGAGGACUGAUAACUGUAUCUGAGAGUGCAAGGAAUUAAUAUAAUAGGAGGAAAUCAGCUACUCAGGAUUUUUACUCUCAUACAGAUCUCAGGGUCAGGGCAAAGGAGACUGUUUGUGGUCCUUUUGGUUGGGAUUCAGGGUCUUAUAAGACAAUCCAUGCUUCAGUGAGUGAGGGGUUAUACUGAGUUUCCAGCGUUCGCCUUUUCAUCAAUUAGCAACGAGUAGGGGCAGCUAGGUGGCACAGUGGAUAAAGCACCAGCCCUGGAUUCAGGAGGACCUGAGUUCAAAUCCAGCCUCAGACACUUAACACUAGCUGUGUAACCCUGGGCAAGUCACUUAACCCCAAUUGCCUCACUUAAAGAAAAAAGUCUUCCUAUGUUUCUCUGAAUUCUUCAGCUUUGUCAUUUUUUAUAGUACAGUAAUAUUUUAUUAUAUUCAUACAUCAUAAUUUAUUCACCCAUUCCUUAAUUAUUGGGCACAUGUUUUUCAGCUUUUUAUGAUCACGAAUAAUGUUGUUCCAAACAUUUUUGUACAUAUGAGUACAGGACAGUGAGGAUUAAGUGACUUGCCCAGGGUCACACAGCUCAUAUCAAGUGUCUGAGGACAGAUUUGAACUCAGGUCCUCCUGAAUCCGGGGCCGGUGCUUUAUCCACUGUGCCACCUAGCUGCCCCCAUGAGUAUAUUCUUGUUGUUUAUAAUAAUAUAUAGCCCCAGGAAUGGCAUCACUGGGUCUAAAGGUAUGAGUGACUUUCUUUUUCUUAUAUAAAUUCAAAUUGUUUUCCAGACUAGAAUCACUUUACAAGUCUAGCAGCAAUGAGUUAGCGUGACUGUCUUCCUAUAGCCCAUCCAUUAAGGAAUUUUCCCAUCUUUCAGCAUUUUGGUCAACUUUGUGGGUCAACUUUGUGAGCUGUUUUUAAUUUUCCAAUUGUUUCUGAUAGUUAUUUUGUACAUUUCUCAACAAGUGAUUAUUGAUAGUUUAUAUUUCUUUUUGAAAAAUAUUUCUUUCUUUUGAUUACCACUGGGGAAUUGAUCCACCCUUUCACUUUAUUUUUUUUCUCACUUAAUAGUAUUUUAUUUUUUCCUGAUUACAUAUAAAGGUAGUUUUCAACAUUCAUUUUGGUAAGAUUCUGGCCCAUGUUAUACAUGUACUUCGUAAUGUCUUUGACUUGUCCCAUUUGCGUAUUGUGUUUAAGGCUUAUGAGGGGUUUUCCUCAUACCGCCUUAUGAGGUAGGUCCUGCAAAUAUUAACCUAUUAUCUCCAUUCCACAGAUGACAGAACUAAGAGUAACUUGUCCAGCUUGACAUAGACAGACACACAUGAGGUCUUUUGACUCUAAAUCCAUUGUCUCUUUCCAUUUCAUCCACUAGGUGGCACAGUGGAGAACGUGGUAAAUUGGCAUCUUUUUUUUUUUUUUUAAACUAGAGGCAGCUAGAUGGUGAAGUGAUA